AUGAAGUUGAAACUAGAUAUGCCACUGAAAGGCUUGGCCUUUCGUAUUGGUGUUUCCCUCUCGACAGUAUCUCGAGUUUUUUCUAGUUGGAUGAUUGCUUUGGAUGUCAGACUUUCACCAGUAGUUUCUUGGCCUGAUCGAGAAGACCUGUGGCGCACAAUGCCACAGUGUUUUCAGGAUUCUUUUGGGAAAAAAGUAACUGUUAUUAUUCACUGUUUUGAAGUUUUUAUUAACCGCCCGUCAGGUCUUUAUGCCAGGGCACAGACAUUCUCCUCCUAUAAGAACCACAAUACAGUUAAGGUUUUGAUUGGGAUCACACCUCAGGGCAGUAUUUCCUUUGUUUCCAAAGCGUGGGGUGGAAGAACAUCAGACAAAUUCCUAACUGAGAACUGUGGUAUCUUAAAGAAUAAUUAUACUACCAGGAGAUUUAGUCUUAGCAGAUUGUGGAUUAACCAUACAAGAAAGUCUUAUGUUCCAUCAGGCCCAACUGGCUAUUCCAGCAUUCACAAGAGGAAAGGACCAGCUCGACCCAGUAGAUGCUGA